AUGUUUGCAGGAUUGCAUGAGGGAUAUUCAAGAAGGUCGCUUUCCUAUAUGAUUAAACUCCCUAUUCGUGUAAUGCACUAUCGUUUUAUCGUUGGUUUUGAACGUCAGUUGGGUGGUUGCGAUAAAUUCGUCGGUCUGAAUCCUCAUGUUACAGAGUACUUGCCUUGUGGUAAAAAAUUGGUAUCACUGACCAUCCCGAUCGAUCCCAUCAAUCGCGACCCAAGCCUCCAACAUACGGAUCAAGUUUUCUACUCGCCGCUUGGCAUUACUCUUCUAACGGAUCCUACAGCACUAGGCUGGAUGAUCAGCCUGGCUGUCACGAUUGCUUAUUGUCGUGCGCAGUGGUCUCUCGAAGGAAAUUUGGUUCCUCCAUAUCAGUGCUCACUUAAUUUGACCCUGGUGGCGUGUGCUGUCGUCAGCUUUCAGGCUGAUGAGGAUUCGUUAGAUCACUACGAGGAACUGUGUAAUGCAUUGGAAGCAAAAUUUGUCUUGGAGAGUUCGUGA